AUGAAGGAGUUAAAAAAAGUUCUCAAUACAUGGAACUUGGAAGUCUUUGGUGAUUUUCAAGUAAAGAUAAAGGAAGCUGAAGAUAAAGUUAAUCUGGCAACUCAAAUUUCAGGUGCUAAUCCAUUUGAUGAGGAAGCUCUUAAUAAUUUAGUUCAUGCUCAAAAUGAACAUGCCAGUAGAGAAACUCAAGCAAGUACUCUGAUGAUGCAAAAAGCUAGAGUCAAGUGGAUAAAGGAAGGUUCAACUAAUACAAAUUUCUUUCAUACCAAAAUGAAAAUUAGAAAUGCUAGAAAUAUGAUUAGUGAGCUUGAAGACAAUGAAGGUAAUGUAAUUGUAGAUCAAGAUAAAAUAGCUGAAGUUUUGGUUAAUCACUUUCAAAAGAAGUUUGAGUUUCAGCCUGUGAAUGAAGCAGAAAAAUUGUUGGAUGUUAUACAAAAAAUCAUUAAUGAAGAUGAUCAGCAAAAUUUAGAUGCAAUCCCAGAAGAAGAAGAGAUUAAAGUUGUUAUUUUUGAAAUGGAUCCAGAAAGUGCUCUUGGUCCAGAUGGAUUUUCUGGUAUUUUCUUUAGAAGCUGUUGGGAUAUUAUCAAAAAUGACUUGGUAGCAGAUAUCAAAUUCUAUUGGAGGAGAAGAUUUAUACCAAAGGGGAUGAAUUCAAGUUUCUUAUUCUUGCUGCCUAAGACUCAAGGAGCAAAAACUGCUAAUCAAUUUAGGCCAAUAGGUUUAAGUAAUGUGGUUUUUGAAAUUUUUUACUAA